GUGACUUCCAUGGUGCGAAAGUUUGAAAAUAAAUGGAGGAAUGUGUGAACAACACAGAGGCAGGCUUCUUUGGUGUUUAUCUUCUAUACUGUCUAAAUCCUCGCUAUAAGGGACGCACUUAUAUCGGAUUUACUGUUGAUCCUAAUCGCAGGAUCAAACAGCAUAAUGGAGGGGUGCAGAAAGGAGGUGCUUACAAAACAAGCGGCCGAGGCCCAUGGUGAGUGAAAAGCGUACCCCGAGAAUAAUUAAUUUUCUCUUCUUCUUCAGGCACAUUGACUUGUUAAUUUUACUAUACUAUGGCAUCCUGUAUUGACUAACCUAAUGAUUGAUGUAAUUUACCGGCAGAAUCUAGAUCGGUGUGCAGAACCAGUUGGUGUGAUGUCUACAUAUUUUACAAACUUAACAAAUGUAGAUAUAGAUGUUCCCGUUGAUGACGACGAUUUUGAUAUCUGAGUUGUUGGUGGCUAGGAAACUUUAAACAUUUUUGCUUCGAAGGUCCAAAUAUCAAUUCUCUGCACUCUCCUCUGUCCGUUUGUUUUAAUUUUAGUGUGAGACUUUUGUGUGAAAUCAAACUAUUACCCAGUUGAAAAUAUUAUUUUCCUUUCUCUUCAUACCCAAUGUUUGUGAUAAUUUCCUGAUGUGGGUGAAAUUCUCUUUUUGUCACCCCUUGUCUUCGAAGACUUCCUGCAAGAGGGGUGGAUCUGUCUGGUCCAACAUCUGAUCUUGAAUCUGUCACUUGUGUGAACUGUUUUGUUGAAUUUUGAUACAGACAAUCUUAUCUUGUCAACAGGGAGAUGAUUCUGAUUAUACAUGGGUUUCCCAGCGAUAUUAUUGCCUUACAGGUGAGUGAUUCCAUCUCUUCUACAUGUCCCUUUCAUUAUCAUGGUAUUGAUUUUAAUGAUUUAUCAUAAUAUUUAUUUCUUUGUGACUAAACAGUUUGAGUGGGCUUGGCAAAAUCCAGGAAAGUCCAGACGUCUUCGCCACAUCUCUAACAAAAAGACUAAAGAAAAAGAUGUUGAAUUCCGCUUUAGAGUCCUCUCUGAGAUGCUUAAUGUUGGUCCUUGGAAUCGACUUCCUCUCAUGAUAAGAUGGUUGAAGCAAGAGUAUAAAAUGGAGUUUGAGAAACAACCACCCACUCAUAUGCCUAUAGCAUAUGGACCUCUAAGUAAAAGAAAACCUGAGAAAAGCAAGAGGCGAGGUAGAGAGGAAUUAGAAGAUAACCAUAUUUCCCACUAUACUUGUGUGGUUUGCUCUGAAGAGAUCAAGGUAUGCAUGUAUGUACUGCAUGGAAAUUACUGCUUUACUAGCAUAUAUUCUAACUCUGUGUCAUUUGCCAUGAAAAUUUUUGAUAGCCUUGUUAACAAAUCUAUAAUCUCUGAAUUUGAUAUUUGAAUAUAAUUGACAAUGCAUGUUAAAGCAGUUGUAUUAGAGAACUUUCGCUUGCAGGAUAGUUAAGCCAUCACAAAAAGUGCUCAUUCUAGAUGGUAGCCCUUCUUAGAUGAAAUACCACAAACUGGAAACUGAAAGAAAUGUCCAUUCCAAUGUUUAUCAUCCAUUCUUUAUUAAUUUGAGAGCAUCUGAACCAGGGUGUAACCCAGAUGUCUGCUAUUAUAACUAAAGGAAGCUAACAAAAAAUUUGUUUUAUUUCAGGAUGCAGAUAACUGCCUUUCAUGUAUUUCAGAGAGUUGUCAAAUGAAAGCUCAUCUUAUCUGUUUGGCCACAAGAUUCCUGAUGGAAAGUGAGGACAGCUCACAUCUAAUCCCAGUGGAGGGAGAUUGCCCAAUUUGUUAUCACACAUUUUUAUGGCGAGAUUUACUCAAACAUCGCAAUGGCAUGGAACAAACUUCAGAUUCAAAUGCAAAUAGUCCUCACUGGGCAGAGGCACUUCAAAGUCAAGAUGAUAUUUGAUAAACAUUAACUGUUCAAAAUCACUGUAACAUCAGAUGUCCUGUCCUAAUUAGCACUUAGCAGCAGUUUCUGAUGUAAUAACAAUUGUUGUUUUGUGAUACAAAAACCUUGAAAUCACAAAGAAUUUAAUGUGGCCCACUAAUUGGCUGGUGCUGUGAUAUUUGUAAACAGAUAGCUCAUAUCUAACUUUGUGCUUUGCAUGACGAAGAAAAAAUGAAAUUAAAAGAUUUCCUUUCCUGAGAAUAUUGUAAUUAAAGCUUCCAAUGGCC